CACUGUCGCCAGAUAGCGCGCUCGUCUGCCAAAAUGUGCCUUAUCGGUUAGCAAAACACGUACGCAAGUAGGACUAUCGCCAUGAGGCGUUAUUCGUUUCCUGCCGUUGGACAGAGGACAAAGUGAGGUGUGCAUCCAAAACCGAACAUUUCUGGAAAUGUGAAUGAACGUGAUUCAGCACCAUUCCAGCAAGAUGGAUUCCCUGCCAAAAGACCUGGAUCAAGGACUCAUUCUGGAGUUGGAGUGUCCUGUCUGCAUGGAGCACAUGACGCCUCCAAUCACAAUGUGUGAAAACGGACAUAGCAUUUGUUCGAACUGCAAACCAAAACUUAACAACUGUCCGUCCUGCAAAAAAUCUUUCCUUAAUAUUCGAAACUUAGCUCUCGAGAGCCUGUCCAGACAAGUGACUAAUCAGAGAGUCCAAAAUCAACCCACUACAGUACCUCAAAGUGUCGAGUGUCCUUUCACUAGGAUAUCUAAGGAUACCUGUCCUUGGAAAGGUUCUGUAAUGGAUAUGAAGCAGCAUAUUAAAGUUUUUCAUAACAACGAGAAUGACACGCGUGAAUCAAAUGGAGUUUUCAAUGUCAUCCUGACUUCGCUGUCACCAACACAGCAUUAUCGCAAAGCUGUAUUCAUUUCAGACGAAUUGUACUAUAUCUAUUGGAGGACAGGAGGAGAUACAUUCUACUGCGCAGUGUUUUACGUGGGUGACGAGGAGAAGUCUUCAAAAUACAAGUACAAAUUCACCUUAACUUCCCAAUCUGAUGACAGGAAAAUAUCCAUGACCUUUCCGACUCGAUGUAUUUUGGAGAAUUUGGAUGAACUUCUUCAGUCCGGGGAUUGCGUAAUUCUGAGCUAUAACACUGUAUUGAAAUUUUUGAACUCAACAAUAUAUUUGGAAUGUGAAUUUCAGAUAAAUUCCAUUGAAAAUGAUCGAGAUAUUACUAGUGGAACCAGUGAACGACAUCUGAGCGCGGAGUCUGAUGUUCAUAGCUCUCUGUUCAGCCGAUCAAGAAGACACCGUAGAAUUCGGAGGCACGAGGAGCGUCGAAGGUGUGACCAUGGAAGACGCUUAAGGAAUUGUCCAAGUUGCAAAUACAUUACGCCUUUGUCAGAUACACCGAGGUCUGCUAGUACAUCUGGCACAGAUUCGCUCCAGAGUAUUCACUCACAAACGGGAUUUUAUUGUGCUCCAAGUGGUCAUUUUGCAGAAACUGCUUCAGGAGAAAAAUAUCAUGCCGUUGAUAAAGUUUUUGCAAGUGCGCCAUUUGAGAACCCAUUAUAUCAUGAUACAGUAGAGAAUUUUUCAUCGAAUUUGCCAAGUGGCAGAAAGUUAUACGAUGAAAAAUGUGAAUAUUCUGGUAGAAGUUCAUCAGAAGAGACCUCCUGCAGAGUGUCAAAUGAUUACGUUCCUUCGUACACUUCAGCACAUUCAACUUGGAUAUGCGCGGUAUGUGAACAGAUUGCCCCAAGAUCUCCAGGUUCGUUUCCUGAGCCGGGAGGGCACGUUGCAAGUUCUCCUACUGAUAAGAAAUGGAAAUGUAAAAUGUGCGGGCAAAUUCGACAGUAAACAUUUGUUGUCUGUGCCUCCAACACGUAGUGACACUUUAGCACAGCUAAAAUGUUUUAAACAAUAAAGUAUUUUAGGAAAGAUUAAAAGCUAUAAGUGAAAUGUACUGUGUUUUGGUUUGUGACGCCGUGUAGUUUAGAGAGAGCCAAACGUUUUGAAGUAACAUCGCCUCCACCGUCACGGUCGAAGAGUCAGUCAAGAAACCUGCAAGAAACAUAUGACUAGUUUCUCCUAACUCGGAGGGAGAGUCAGUAAAUAAGUCACAAAUGGAUAAAAACGUAAAACAUGGGAUUUUCGAACCUGGAAGAAAAGGACAUUUAUUUCUCGACAUAUCCUCCACCAACAUCGAUGCACAUGUCCCAUUGCUUUAUCAGUGCGUCGAAACCCGCAGCAUAGAAGUCUUCUGACUGUUCUCUCAGCCACUUCCGCAACUCUGCGACAUCCCAACGUCCUUGAGUGAAUUUUUUUGACCCAGUUUUGAACCGCUUUACCGACAAACACUUCCCACCAUAAACAGGAAACAUUUCUAUAUGGAUAUCCUUUGCAUGGAGACGUUCCCCCCCUCCCCUCCCCCCACAAAAAAAAAUCGCACAACAGAACUCUGCU